AGCGCCGUCGCUCGCUGCGCCCGCCCCUUUCCCGGCAAGAUGGCGGCCGCGACGCUCAGCGCUCCUCCGGUGGUGGCGGCGGCAGCGGCGUCUUCUCCGUCUCCGUCUCCUUCCUCGCCGGCAGUCGCCGCCCCCGCUCCGGCCCCGCUCCCCGCCCCGCCGGCCACGGCCGCUGCUGUUGUGGCUGCGGCGCCUCCGGCCCAGGCCGACAGGGUGGCUGACUCUUCCCUUCACUCCACAGGCACGGUGGACAAGCACUCGGUGGAGGUCACCAACUGCUUCUCGGUCCCUCACAACGAGUCAGAAGAUGAGGUGGCCGUUGACAUGGAGUUUGCCAAGAAUAUGUAUGAGCUGCAUAAGAAGGUUUCCCCAAGUGAGAUUAUUCUUGGAUGGUAUGCCACAGGACAUGACAUCACGGAACACUCUGUUUUGAUCCAUGAAUACUACAGUCGAGAAGCGCACAAUCCAAUUCACCUAACUGUGGACAGCAGUCUGCAAAAUGGGCGCAUGAGCAUUAAGGCCUACAUCAGCACUGCCAUGGGGGUCCCUGGUAAGACAAUGGGAGUUAUGUUCACGCCCCUCACCGUGAAGUACGUCUACUACGACACAGAACGGAUCGGAGUUGAUCUCGUCAUGAAGACUUGCUUCAGCCCGACCCGAGUGAUUAGCUUGUCGAGUGACCUGCAGCAGGUGGGGGCAGCUUCUGCUCGGAUUCAGGACACCUUGAGCACCGUGCUGCAGUACGCGGAAGAUGUGCUGUCUGGUAAAGUGUCUGCUGACAACACCGUUGGCCGUUUUCUGAUGGAUCUCAUCAACCAGGUCCCGAAGAUCUCACCGGAGGACUUUGAGACCAUGCUGAACAGCAACAUCAAUGACCUGUUGAUGGUGACUUAUCUGGCAAACCUCACACAGUCACAGAUCGCACUCAAUGAAAAAAUCCUAAACCUGUAAUGGAACUUGUGGCCAUCAUGCAAGAAGGAAGCAUGAAGAGAACCAGACUGGGGCCUCGUAAUCCAAAACCUUAGCUGGACUAUUAAUUUUGAAAAAGCCUGCUCAUGAAACCUUCCUUUCUGCAACCCUCCAGAGACAAAUAGGAUUGCAAAGAUGAAGGGCAUCAUUAAGAAUGAGUUGGCAACUCUCAAACUGAGUGGCUUCUCUAGCUAUAAGAACCACACUAUUUCUGUUUUGUGAGAAUAUUUGGCUCUAAAUAAGUAAAAAUUCAAUGUGCAGAUGUUUUGGUCAUUUUGGUGGUGGGGGGAUGGGGAGAUACAGACUUCUUAAAAUACGCCGUUUGCCUUGACUGAUGCCACUGAAUCUCCAAAUGUAACACUAGGAUGUGUUUGCUCAGGCCUUAGGCAGGAGAGAGCUUGGAGUACUGCACAAGUUGGCCAUCUUUUGGCACAGAGGCUCCCACACAAAUCCUCUCUAGGAUUCAUCCUUAGUAGAAACACAAACACGGACA